AUGUUUCAAUCUGGAUUGCUCGUCAAGCAAGUGUUCUCAUUUUUCUGGAAAGAUAUUGAGCACGGAAGAUCAGCGAAGGAAGACUCUGGUGAUAAUAUGUUGUACCGGCUUGACAGCAUACAGAUUAUGGGGAAACCAUUACUAUGUUUUCUGUUUGGGUGCGGUAGGUCGUCAGAGGCCGAAAGAUAAAUAAGGUUGACUCAAGACCUUGUUGCUUAGAGAGUGAGAGACAUGCGGCAGGCAACACCAUCGCCAUGUAGCAUGUCCAUCAAUACAUACCAUCCGCGUAACCCCCGGAGGCCCCGUUGACAGUAUACUCCGCCGAGCACCCCAAACAGCCCCUCUGCUCGGUACGAGAUACGAUCUACGAAAUCCCCGUCACGACUAUCAUGCCAGAUAAAACGGCAGACAGAAAAAUCAAAACCCCUAUGCCAACAAUAUAUCAUCCACCAUUCCAAUCCAACGACUCUGCCAAUAGCACAUGUCCCACGAAAUCGCCGGAUCUUCCAACAGAACACGUCCUGCAAAGCUUUCAAACCUUUUUGGUGUCAAAUUUUACCCCUAAAAGGUUCGUCAAGAAAAACAAAUCACCCUCUUGAAAAAAAUGCUCUACAAAAUUCUCAAGCAGUCAAAACACGAACAAUCACCCUUGGAAAAAUACCCAGCAAAAAGAUCAACAUUACAUCAGAAUCACGUCAGAACGGGGAGGACGGGUAACUCCGGGAAAACGUGUCUGACGUCCUGACAACUCAGAACAAAUUCAUUCCUCAGAUAAAUAUUCAUGUUUCAACUCAAUAACCAGUUCAAAUAACGACAACAUGCCAAACCCUUCCUCCGAUAUCCAAUACCUUGACAAAGAAACCAGUCCAGCAGCCCCCCUGCUGUAACAUCCAUUCCAUCCUGAAGAAGUCAAAAUCAAUACAAUCAAUCAAUCCAACAGCCCCCCUGCUGCAUCAUUCAUCCCGAGAAAUCGAAACCAAAACAAACAAACCACCUGCGACUAGGAUCAUAGAACAAUACUUCCCCCCCCAUGAUUCUCACGCAGAACUAUCCCACCCAUCGCGACAUCGAACAGCAGAUCAAAGGCCAGUUCCAGGUCACAAAUUUAACACAUGAUGCAAGAAAGGCCCCCCCGCUGAAAAAGUGCAACACAAAGAACAAAAUCAACGACUAUUCAUCACUGAUGCGCGCAGAAAGUUUCCUUGGGCAGCGGUUUGAAUCCGCGCGUUGCAGGUCCGACCGUACGUGGACUACCUUGAAUUCCCCCCGCGCCACACGCUCACGGAUGAAAUGGUGGCGGAUGUCGAUGUGCUUCGAGUUGGAUUAAGUAGCCGGGUUUCUUGCCAAGAGAAAAGCGCCUACGUUGUCCUCCCACACCGGAGUGCACCCCACAUCACGGCCCGGAAAGGUAAGUUUCCACAGAUACCGCAGAAAAAUAAGCCUCCUUCAUCCCAUCAGACAUCGCCACGUACUCCACUUCCAUCGAAGACAGGGGUGACGCUCUUCUGCGUCCUACACAGAUACAUCACACACGCACCAGCGAACAUCACUAGUGCCCCAGGUAACAAACCGCCGGUCGGUUGCCUUGUUGGCGAAGUCUGAAUCGACAAAAAGUUUCAUGUGGUCUCCUCCCACUGUGCGCUUUUGAAAAGUAAUCCCGUACCCGUUCGUGAAUCUAACGUACAUCAAACAUGCAAAGCCGCCUGCCAGUGCAGUCGCUUCGGCGCAUGCGAAUACCUCGCAACGACACGUACCGCGUCGGGAAUAUCCGGGCGAGUCUGAUUCGCCAGUCACAUCAAGUGUCCCACCAGCGACCGGAAAGGCUCGUCGACAUCGGGCUCGUCGGCAUCGUACUGCUCAAGCUUCAACUCAACGACCGUAGAUGUCUGUUUGUCCGUCGUCACACCGAACUUGGCAACGAUCUUCUCCGCUACAGCCUGCUGCGAAAUAGUCACCGUCCCCAACACCGUGUCACGAGAAAACCGGCAACCCGCAUACCAGCGCAAUUCCCCAAGGUUGGAAAUGGGCACAUACCGGUUGAGGUCAACACCAAACUGAUCGCACCUGCUCGAGCCCGAUAGAAAAUAUGCCGUCUACGUGGAUCACAACCACCAUGGUGAAUACACCGCUCUCGAUCAGACGCAUCACAUACGCAUCGGCGGCACAAGGCUCGAAACCAAGAAUCUUCAUGCCACGCAUCAAGUGAUGAUGCCAUGUGCGGGACGCCUGCUUCAGACCGUGAAGACUCCAUCUCAACCGUACGACCUUACCGGAAAGCACACCGCAUACAGGGGGAAGACGAAUGAACACAACCUCAUCCUGUUCUGAUUGGACAAAGGCUUGCUCGGCAUCGAAAUGGCACAAGUCCCAAUCUAACACACAGGCAAUGGCGGCUAGCAAUCGAAUGCUCGUGAUGGAAGGACACGGGGAGAAAGUCUCAAAGAAGUCAACACCCUCACGCUGCGCAAACCCACGGGCUACCAACCUAGCCUUAGCACGCACAGCAUACCCAAACUCGUCUCCCUUUCAUGAAUACACCGACUUGGCGGAGAUGAAGUUCGUCCCUCGUUGCUAUUCCGCCCCGACCUCCUCGAAGGUGGCCACUGCAUUCAGCCCGAAAAACCCCUUGCGUUCGGCGUUGGUCCAGAUGUGGUGGUGUGGCCCGCGUGCGCCUCCCCGUAUGUCUCAGGAGUCUCCAGGUCGCACACCAGCCCCGUCGGCAGGGCUGGCUCAGUCACGCCGGGUGCAGGAAGCUCGGCGAUGGACCGCUUGAUCUCGUCCUCCGUGGCUAAAAGAGCAAAUAUCCCCGGCCCUGACCCAUCUCGCUUCGCCCGCGACCUUGUCACUGCGGGGGUCGCUACGAACUCCCGCUUCCCUUGCCGACGCCAGCCUGUACCGCCCUCAUGCACCAUCUCCGUCCACAGCCCGUCCGAUGCCAGCGGCGCCGCCGCCGAGUGCGCGGGGGCAGGUGUGGCAACAGGUGACGCAGGUGUGCUCACCCGCGAAGGCCCCCCCGCCAUCCGCGCAAGUUCCGCCAACACCGCGCUGCGCGCUGCUUCGCUCUCCACCAUGCUCUCCGGCUCCGUCAUGCUCAUGCUGCCGCUGCUCCGUCGCCGCCGUCGCCGCUGGAGCUGCCGCCGAUGCUGCCGCUCCGGCCGCCACCGCGGGGCCUCCGGCCAUUCCCCCCGCCGCCGCCGCGGGGGGAACACUGCCACCGGAGGUCGCCG